AUGAACACUGCGCUUCAAGUUUGGGAUGGCGAACUCUCGGUGAUAACGACACCACCACCGCGUGUUUCAGUUCCGACAGAUGUCGUUAUAAAGGUCGCUUAUUCUGGAGUUUGUGGCACAGAUUUACACGUGCUAGCGAAGGAGUUUCCCAGCGCGAAGUCGGUCGUCCUUGGACAUGAGUUCAGUGGAGUUGUCACGGAAAUUGGAAGCGAGGUGAAGCAUUGCUCAGUUGGAGAAAGGUCAGAAGAAAAUAUAUACUUGUACUGUGUUAUUUUGUGGGCUAAAUUGUAGAAUACCCAUCCACACUAGUAAUACUAAAUCAUGUAGCCACAAUUUUUAAUUUUAAUGGUACGCGGAUACGCUUCUCCAUCCAGAAAAACACCCUAGCGAUUUUCUAAAGUUGUGUCUUUCUGGAUUUUUUUAUUAAUUUGGUUAAUUAAGGUUACAGUUAGGGUUGCGGUUAGUGGUAGGGGUUAGAAUAAGGGUAGGUUUUGGGUUAGUUACAUAACAAUAUAACACCUGUUCCAUCUUCUGAAAAUGACGUCAGGUCAGUUUGCUGGUUGGAAGGUAGACCACGCAUUAAGGGGAGGGUCUACCCAAACUUGAGAAUCGCUACUAGCUAUCUUUAAAGGGUCUGUUGUGGCAAUACUUUUUAAAAACCUUAUGGCAAACUAUAUAUCAGGAGAAAGCUAAUGGAAUGAAGAUUCUAAAAAAAUAUAUUUAAGGUGGCUACAAUGCGUUGCCAUUGGCAACCAGGUGGUUAAAGUGGCUACAUGCUGUUUUUCGACAGACUGAAGUUGAAAAAAAAAAUCUUGCCAGGGGCAAAUUCAAAUCACCCCAUUUUUUAAUAAUAGACAUAGCACUUAGUAAUUGUGGGGAUGAGUUGAGGAUUUUUGAAAAUUUUAAAUAUUUCACUAGAAACAAAGGGUUAAAGUUAGCGCAUAAAUAUACUAGGUAUUUUUAUGCAAUAACUCUGGUUAAAAACUAAAUAUGAAAAAAUCCUCAACUCAUCCCCAACAACAUAGUAAGAUGCAUAAAUCCUGAAAAUUUCAGAUCAAUUGGUCAAAUUGUUCUAGAGAUAUCCUUUUUCAACCUGCAAAAUAGGUGAUUUUGAGAAAACGGCAUUUAAAGUUUCGGUUAUUUGUGAUGUCUGUGAAUUAAUGUCUAAUGUACUCAAAUCCAUGACCAAAGUCUUUCUGGAUGUACUUAAAAGGCACCAGCUUGAUAUGUGGCAAUAUCUGUCUUUCUUAAAGCUUCUUCCCUUCUUACACAAAUAAUUUUCUCCCCUUGACGUCACUUUUUUUCUUUUUCAGUUGCUCGCACAUCAGCAUGCUCACACGUUUUCUAUUCUUUGAAGCCGAACGUUUGCUUGUAUAUUCCCCACCUGGAAUUAACAGCUUUUUCAUUAUAUGCAGUGUACUGGCAGCUCCACAAAAUGCUGGAUAG